AUGUCCAAUGAAAGCACCAUUACGGAAUUCCUCCUCCUAGGUUUCUCUGAAGUUCGGGAGAUACAGCUUGUAUAUUUUGUGAUCUUUCUACUGAUCUAUAUGGCAGCAUUGCUAGGGAACAUCCUCAUCCUUGUGGCUGUGGUCACAGAUCCCCAUCUUCACAAUCCCAUGUACUUCUUCCUGGCAAAUUUGUCUGUUAUGGACCUUGGGUACAUCUCAGUCACAAUACUAAAAGCCAUGGCUAACUGUCUCAUGAACACCAGGUUGAUAUCUUAUUCUGAGUGCAUCACUCAAGUCUUCUUUCUCUUUUUCUUCAUGGCAUCAGACUUUUUCCUCCUCACAGUCAUGGCGUAUGACCGGUAUGUUGCCAUUUGUGACCCAUUGCAUUAUGAAACAGUAGUGAAUAAGGAAGCCUGCAUCCAAAUGGUGACUAGUACAUGGAUCAGUGGUCUCCUUUAUGCAACAUUACACACUGGAGCCACCUUCGCUGUUCCUUUCUGUUCCAACACCAUCAAUCAGUUCUUCUGUGAGAUACCUCAACUACUUAAGCUCUCCUGUUCUGACUUGUACCUUGUUGAAGCUGUGGCUCUGGGCUUGAGUGCAUGUCUAGGACUCGGCUGCUUCAGUUUCAUAGUUGUGUCCUAUGUGGAGAUCUUCAAAACAGUGUUCAGAAUUCCUUCGGCACAGAGUAGAGACAAAGCCUUCUCUACUUGCAUUCCUCAUCUCAGCGUUGUCUCCUUAUUUCUUUUCACUGGCAUCUUCGCCAACCUAAAACCAACUUCCAACUCCCUGGCGGGUCUGGACAGUUUAGUUGCCAUGGCUUACUGUGUUCUUCCCCCACUGAUGAAUCCAAUAAUUUAUAGCAUGAGAAACAAGGAGAUCAAAGCAGUGUUGUGGAAAAUCUAUGGCAGAUCCUGGAAAAAGCAUACCAAAGGAAAAUGUGGCUGUAUAGGUCUGUGGCAUAAUAUGCAAACAGGAACAUCUACUCCCUGA